AUGGCAGUGCAGUGCGACCUAUCUUAUUACUACAGGCAGAAUGAGGGUGCACAGGAGCUUUCCCCAACCCUACAGUCAUCUGAACUGUGGACCCCCCAACAGAUUCCUCAGCGCCCCACCACAUCCCCAGAAAGAUAUCAUGAGUAUCGCUCAUCAACACCUGUUACCUUUCGGCUUCCAUGGGGCAGGGAAAGAGAAUAUGGAGGAAUAGGAGCCGUGUCUCUUCCAGCUGACCAUCGACCAAAGACCGAACCUCCACCGCAAGAGGCAAAAGGACAUAAGCACUAUGGCUAUGGAGGAGACCCCUGGCCCAGGGGGCUACCAAUAGAGCAGUACUACGAGCUGACCAAGCUGAAGAAAAGCGCUGUCCGUGUGAGUGAUGACCUGUAUCCAAAACCGCCGGCUGCUUCUAUUAGUGACAAACAAAUCUGUGAGGACUUCCCAGCAGAACAUCCAUAUCAUUCCCACAUAUCCAAGUAUGCUGUGUUCCCCAGCUGCACACCAUCAGAAGAACCUUCACGGUGUCCCACUCCACUGCAUCCACAAACGGCAGCAAGUGGUUACCCCACCGUCGUCUUGCGUAAAACUAAAGGUAAUCCAUACAGGCAUGAGAUAGUCACCAUUACUUCUGAAGCUCAAAAGUUGCCACUCACAUGGCCAGGACAGGACGGAUACUAUCAUCUUCCUAAAUUCUCUAAUGAAAAUGGCCAGAUCUACUACCCGAUUCCUCCCAAGACCGUGGCUCCCAAUGCGCUGCAGAAGCCGUAUGAAGAGACAGUCUCUGACAGGACGCUAAAUUUACAAAGAAAUCUGAUAAAAUCCCAGUGGUUAACAACUUAUAACCGCAGCUUUACAGGUAAUGGGGAAAUGAACCCACUGCAGCUUGACGAUUUUCAUGAGAAGGUCAUUGGCAAGAUAACAGGCAGAAUGGAUGAAAAUACAGAGAUGAAACCAACAUUUUUAUCUACUGUUCUUCAUGCACGGCCACUAGAAGGACGUAUUGCACGCAUACGAGAUGGUAGACGUCCCCUUGUGAAGGAGAAUGGAUAUGUAGAUCUAGAAAGUGAAAUUGCGGACUGUGCAGUAGAAUCAGAUAAAACGUGUGUGACAGACUUACCGUCGCCUUCUAUCCAUGAUGUUUAUUCUAACAACUCUGAUCCCUGCAACACUAUUGGAAAGGAGCAUUCCCAUCAACUGCAGGCAAAGUCUCGACAUAAGGAACCAGAUAUGCACAAAAUUACCGAUACCGAACAGUCAGAGGCUUUAUACAGAAGGCAGCUGUCGUCAGUGCCUUGUGUUCUAGAAUCCAAGCCGGUCUACAAUGACAAAUGUCCUCCAGUCACACAAGACAAAUAUACGAGUUUGGAAAGCCCAUGUAAUCUUAGUAAACAUGUACAACAAAACACCUAUACUAUCAAGACCACUGGCUGCGGGAAAACGCUAAAUAAUCCAAGUUUUAGCCAUUAUAACAACCUAAACACCUUACAAUCACAGGGUACAACAAACAACCAUCGAAGGACAUUAUCACGCCCAUCUCUCCAAGAACUUCAGGACUCUUUCUCUAGGUCUCAAGCACAUAAAGCUUUCCACAAGCACUUCCCAGAAAAAGCAAGAGAUCUGAGAGAGAAUGACAAUUGUGGGAAAAAGCGCAAUUUUUAUGGCUUCCAUUCUUUCUAUUUCCACAAUUAA